AUGUAUCAGCCACGUCCGUUUACGGGCGUGAACCGUGCGCGCGCAGCGGCAGCGGCGUCUGCGAAUCAGAGUGGGUCGUCAGGUUCCUCGACGCGCGGUGUACGCACACCGACGGCGUCCUAUGCGCAGCAGCAGACGCCAGCCGUUGUGUCGUCAGGAGAAAGUUCUACAGCGGCCUCUAACUUAUGUUUGGGUUCCGGCGGCGUUCUCGCCGACACUGCGGACUUCCCUUUUCUGGUGAAUCCGUCUCGCAGCCCUGCCGCGCAUUCUUCCGCUCCCGCAGACGUUGCCUCGCCGUCUUCCCAAAAGGGGAGGCGAGGAGCUGAGUCUGGCACAGCAGCAGAGCCGUCGACGCCGAGCAAUCCGUGGCAGAAAGCCGGAGCGGUUGCGCAACAGCCCCCGCGCCAGACCGCGCCCACCACGUCCAGCAUACCUGUCUCGAGUCUCACCGGUUUCUUCCCUGGCGCCUCAUCGCGAGCGGGCGUGGCGGAUUCCCAUGCGGCCCUACAGAGGAACUUGCAGCGCAUGCAGCUGCCGCCAGCCCCGAGCUCUCGAAACGCCGGAUCGACGAGCAGCGGGCGGGCGGGAGGAGCCUGGGGAACUGCGUCCGACGGUUCAGGACCAUCCGGCGAGGUCGCUGCGGGAGGGAGCCUGGAGGGCCCUUCGAGCGGCGGAGCCUCAGGCCGGUCUCGAGGGGGCACAGGCGGCGCGUCGCCUUCUCCGACGGGCAGCCGUCCCAGCUUGGGCUCCAGCAGUUCGCGGACUUUCGCAGGUGACUUGUUCGGGGCAGCUCUCCGCUCCGGCUCGAGAGGCGGCGAGUCCAAGGGGACUUCGGAGGGGGCUGCGGCGAGUGGCGGGUCCUUAGUUGAGGGGCCAGGUGUGCGCGCGGGCAACAGCGGAAGCGGAAGCGCCGCGGGAGUGGAGAGAGAAGAGGGCGUGGGUGGACCGUCAGCCGGAAAGGAGAACCCUUGCUAUGGAAAACUGCCACUCCUUACCUUGUGGCGCUCAGCUCGCUCGACCAAUGACGCGGCCGCAGCUCGUGUCCUCGCGACUGUCGCGCCUGGUCAAGUCACUGAGGAACAGCAACUUCUCUUUCGGCUUGUCGUGAGGGAGGCUCCUGCCGCAGGGGCGGGUCCCGCAGGAGCGCCAGGAUUAGGUGCCCCACAUCAUGGUGCAGGCCAAUCAGGGUCGGGGGGUCCGGGGCGGGGUCGCAGGCCUGCUGACGGAGAUUGGACUGGCGGUGGCUACGGGGAGGGAGUGCACGACUCCGAAGGCUCCGAAGCUCUUCAGGGCCACCAGUCUCUGCGCAUCAUGCGAGGACAAGGGAAAGGCGUCCAUGAGGAAGGUGCGCGAAGUGGAGGGCGUCUUGGACCUCUCGGUCUCGCUGCAGCUUUUGGCAUUGGGAGUGACGGGCCGCCCGCUGGGAGAGGAAGAGGACGAGGUGACCAAGCCUUUGCUGUGGAGGAAUCACCGCCUCCUGGGUCUUCGUUUUCAACUCGGGCCUCUGUCCCCUCCGGUACGCGAGGCGCGGUGGCCCUGCGGUCAGGGGACACUCAGCCACCUCCAGGAGGCGCGGGUCGAGGGGUAGACAGUCCGGACUCUUCGUUCAACCGCUGGAGAUUCACCUCGGAAGGGAAUGGGAGCCGCGAGGAUCUGGGCGAGGGCUCAGGCAGCUACCGAGGGGGCGCCCAAGCGUGGAUGGGGGCUGGCGCGGGAGGCGGCCCUCCCAAGGACCAGCAGCUCUGGCGGCAGCCGGUGCAUUCCCCCGUGGGAGCCAAAGAGGAGGACGCCAAUGUGACACCGACGCCUCGAGGGGGAGGCGCCCUCCACCAUGGACGAGGCUCGUCUUCAGCAGGUCCGGAUGGUCACGCUCUGUCUUCAGAGGCGUUCUCGGGAGAGAGACGAGCUGGAGGAAGGUGCGGUGCACUCGUGAACUCCACGGGCGCCGGAACUGGGCCCGCCGCCGACGAGUCCAGCAAGCUCAGACAGCACUCCUCAGGUGCCGGAGGCGCGCGGGGGGGCGACGGGUUCCGCCGCUGGGGGGGAGUGCGAGGAGGCGGUCAGGGCGGCCGGGGCCCGGUAGGUGCAGCAGGUCACCAGGGCCCUUUUCUCGAGCGAGAGGGUGAGAAAGGACGCGAGGCAGAAACCUGCGCGGCAGGGUCUUGGGGCGUUGGUGUUGGACGGAAGAGAGAAAACCAGAGCUGCUCUCGAGGCGAAGAAGGCGUCGGAGGAGACGGCGCCGGAGCUGGCGGGUAUGGCACGCGUCGAGCGCGCCAGGCGGAUGCCGCGGAGUCGGUCUCUUCGGGCGGUGCCCUUCUGCAUCGACCGGGGAGCCGAGCGAGUGUCCUCGGGCCCGAAGACGAAGGCGUCCUUGGCCAAGAAACUGGCCGCGGCGCGACUCGGCCCGGAUCAAGAGCCGGUGGGCCGCCUGCCGCCGCGGGGCCCCGCGGAGCGGAGGCGCCGCCGGCUGCGGGCUUGCGCAAGAAGGGAACGGAUGAGGGCGACUGGGAAAUGAUACGGAAGGGGCGCAGAGACGGGGCCGGGAACCAGCCAGCGAGUGGGGUUGAGGCUGGAGAGGACGAAGAGGGUGAAGGGACGAGCGGUGUCGCUCGAGACGGAGACAAUCAGAGCCGACCGAGCUCUUCCUUAAUGGGCGAUGACUUCAGUCGACACCGUGCACAAGGCGCGAGCCAGUCGGCAGGCUCUGGAAGUCGAGUUCUGGAGCCUCCACCUCGUGAACGACCAAGCGUUCAAUGCGGAGACGAGACUACAGCUGGGGUGGCUGCCACUUCAGGGGCGGGACCGGCGGCUGGCUUCUGGAGCGAUGAGCCUAUCAUCAAGCGCCGACACCGCCCCGUUGCUCCGCCGUGUGUGGCUGCUUCAGAGGUCGCUCAGGGCGAGAUUCUGGGAGCAACUGGGGGCGCAACCAAGGCGCAGCCUCAAGGCGACAGGCUCACGCCAGUCGGCCCCAUGGAAUCGCGGGUCCCCUCACCCCGGCGGGGAGCGAGGGCUGAGUCGCAGAAGAAGCACCCUCAACCAGCUGUCAUGUCGAUUGCACCGUCGCCGGGACACAGGUCACCCGCGCUGACUCCCCAGCGAAGCCCGAGGAGAGCAGAGCUUUCCCCGAGGUCGAAGGGCGCACACGAAGAUGAAGGGCGCUUUGAAGGCGCGGAGAGAGAUAUGCAGCGAGGUAGAGAAGCAGAGCUUUCUCACCCUGGCGAGGCGUUUCUUGCUGCAGACAUGGCAGCCUCUUCAGGCGACUCGCGUUUUUCCCGCGGCGGCCUGUCUGCGUCGAGCCAUGAACCCGGUCUCGCGACGAGCGCGUCUGGAGACGACGCUCUUGCACCUGUUCCUUCUUACCUUCAGCAUCUCCUAGGCGGUGUGUUAGAAGACGCCCUAGCCUCGUCUUCAGAGCAGAGUCUGUCGCGGGCUCCGGCGCAAAAUGCAGGUGUCCCGGCAGGCCGAAUGCGUCCAAGUGGCCCCGCGCUCGCGUCGGCCGGAGGCAGUGUGUCGCACGGCAACGGCAACAGUCUGCUGCCUUUCCCUGGAGCCGGUCCGGCGGGGAGCUCUGGAGUGUUGCCGGGAAUCGUGGGAGGGGGGAGCGCCCGCGGGGGCGAGUCGGGACUGCCCCCGAAUUCCGCUGGGAUGGUGGCGGGGCCGCGAGGAAUGUCGACGGGCACGUUGGGCGCAGCCGGGGCUCUGCUCGGAGCCCGACCGGGCUUGGGGACUGGAGCCGGUAGCGUGAGCCAGGAGCAGUCGCAACUGCUGGCCGCCCAGAAGCACCAGCUGCUCCAACUCCUUCAUCGCCAGCCGCAACAGGCGGGCGACCGCAGUGCGGGGGUUUCUCUUUUGGGAGCGUCCGCCUCGGCCAGCUCUUCUGGACACCUGCGCGUGCCGGCCCAACAUCCGUCUCUGGGAGUCGCGGGUGGCGAGCGCGGGAUGCCAGCGUCGUCUCAGUUGCCCGGCGUGUUUCGCCAGCUGCUGGGCCUCGAGCAGCAGCGCGUAGCAUCAGAGCAGGCCCUCAUGCAGCUACGCGAGGUGGCUGGCAGCCGCGGAGAGGUCGAUCCGUCCGCGCUGAUACAGGUGAGGAGACUGGACGAGCAGGCGCAGCGGGAGCACCUGCAACGGGAGUUCUUCGGGUCUCACCACGGCUUGGGACAGGUGACCCGAACUCCAGCGCAAGGAUCCAUGGUUGGGGGACCGGCUCCCGCGCGCGGAACGGAAGUGGCUGUGCACCAGCUCGGCUCGAGGCUCCAACCUGGCGAAGCAGGGCGGGUCCGCAGCGGCAGACAGUCGAGCAACGAGCAAGAGGCCCUCCGGGGGCGCUCCGGAAUGAGUUUUCACUCGGAAGGCAGUUGCUACAGUGCGCAGCACCAAGGGGAGCGCGUGGAGCCCCGUCCCCAGAGGGAAGACCACCCACAGAAGGGACCGAAAUUCGCAGAUGACACGCCGCGAUGGUACUACCGCGACCCGAGUGGCGAGGUGCAGGGCCCGUUCCCGCCCAGCCUGAUGCACCAGUGGUGGCAGCUGGAGUUCUUUCCGCCCCUCCUGAAAAUGCGCUGCGAUUUGUCGCAUCCGUGGCUCGCCUUUGGCGACCUGUACCCCUUAGGCGGGGACGAGCCGUUCACGACGCUGCCGUCUCCGCAGCACCUCGCCCGGCUCCACCAGCAGCAGCUCGAGAUGGAGAUGCUGCACCAGCGGCGACUGCGGGAGGAGCAGGAGCGACUGCAAGACCAGCGUCCGUUUCUCCCGCAGCCUUCCCAGCAUCUGCUCGCGUCCAGGCGAACUGAGGACCACGCCUCUGUUCACUCGAUUCAAAACGAGCAUGCACGCACCGAGCGAGGAGGCAGCCCCGGUAGAGACGGCAGCAUAUGGGGGAGGACUCAAGGGCCUGAGGCCGACAGCCGAGCCUUCGGCGGCGCCCACGCCCAUGGACGUGAUGUAGUCGCUGAGGCACGCCACGAAAAGUUCUGGGAAGGCGCGUCCCGCCCUGAGGAAAUGCGUUCGGCGCAAGUCUGCAUUGGAGGAGCUGCGACGGGGCACAGAAGCUGUGCGGAGACGUUGCUGCCGGAAGAUCGGUCGGAAUCCAGUGGGCAAGGAAGUGCACCAAGGCUAGAGUCGGAGGCCUUCCCGAGUCUCGCAGGCGGCGGGUCUGAAGAAGGCCGCAGUGCGACCGGGAAGGUGCCUGCCCGAAGAGAUUCGGGAGAAGGUCUCCUGCCGGAUGGAGAGAGAGAGCAGGUGGCGGCGCAGCCUCAGGGUGCGUGGCAGUCGCAGCUGAACCUCGCUGCCGAUAGCAAACGCGAGAAGCAGGAGAAGUCCGGACGAGUGCAGCCGGAGACAGAAAACCGACAGAAGCAGGAGGCGAAGCCCGCGUCGAAGGUGUCAGCCAGUGAGGAGGAGAAGGGGUCUGGACAGAGGGAACGUCAGAAAGAGAAGGCUGAGAAGGCGAAAGAAGAAGCGACCAGCCAGAGGGGAGGACCACCGGCAGCUGAGGAGGUGGAACCCCAGACGGCGUCGCGGAAGGCGCAGCAGACCCAGGGGAGACAAACGGGAAAGACAGGGACAAGAGGAGAGAAGUCUGAAGGUGGCCAAAAGGCGGCGCAGCAAUCCACGGGCGAGGCACCAGGUUCGAAAGAACCCGCGAGUGGAAAAAAGAAGCAAGGAAGGCAAGCAGAAGCCAGUGCGUCUUCGCAGCAACAGAAACCAUCCGCGAAAGCGCACCCAUCUCAUAGCCACGCAUCUGCGCAGGAACAGACAGCCGUGCAGGGGCGAAGCACGGGCCCGGCGCAGGUGGCCGCUAGUGGAACCGCUUUGGCGGGAGCCUCGAAUGUCUCUUCCGCAGCGCCGUCGACUGGAAAGAAAACGCCGGGUCCGUCGUGGAGAACCGCUGCAGGUGUCGCAGGGCCUCCCAGUGAAAGCUUGAAGGAUGUCAUGGAGGCGGAACAGAAGAAGGCUGAUGAAUUGAAGGAGCGAAGGGAAGAGGAAGCCAGACAAAAAGCGGCGUCAGCGUCCGCGGCGGCUGCACGCAAGACAGGCUGGGCUGUGGCUGCAACCUCACCCGGGUCAGGAGAUAAGUCCGCCGCGCGUCUCGCGCUCUCGAGCGAUGGGUCAGAAUUCCCGGAUCUUCAGAUCGCUGCAGCGGAAGGCAGCGCGGCUGGCGGCUCGAAGAAAGCGACUGGAGCAGCGAAGUCUCGGGGCGGCGAGCGCGGCACGACGAAGAGCCUCCAGGAGUUUGUGGCUGUUGUGAAUGCGCAGAAGCGCGAGCAGCAUCAGAACGUGUGGGGACAGCAGCCGGCGUCGAUCUUGACACCCGCACCGGCUGCUGCGGGGCCUGCUGCUGCGUCUGGAAGCCAUCGACCCGGGGCGGCGGGAGGUGCGCAGGUCGGAGAGAAAAGCGGAGGACGAGUUGAAGGAAACUCAGAGAAGGAAACGUCCGGUGUACGGGCAGCCGGCGCUGACAACGAACACGGCGGAAAGACCAAACAGCAAGAGAGUGGCUCUGGAGGAAAAGACAACCGCUCGACAGAUGCCGUUCCCGAGUGGUACAAAGAACAGGUUGAGGAGUGGAAGAUGCUCAUGGAGCAAACAAAGCUUCAGCUUGAUCUGUCCGUCAUCGAGUAUCUCUCGACGUUUACCUCCGAAGGAGAAAUCGUCGACUUCUUGGCGCCGAAUGUCGAAGAUGGCAGCCAGCUGGAGACCUUUGCUCGCCAGCUUCUGUCCAUCAACACUCACUUCAGCACCACGAGGCCGCACGGCAAGAAGGGCCAUGGUGGACACGGCAACACUGCGAAUGACUAUGAGGAAAAUCGUGUCCCAGGAGCCCCGCCCCGGAAGUCGCAGAACUCUGAAGGCGCCACCACAAAAGGCGGUAACAGUGGUUCCGGCCGAGGAAAGAAGAAGAAGGUGCAGGGGAAGACAGUCGAUCCUUCGAUGCUCGGUUUUUCCGUAAAGAGCAACCGGAUUCUCCAAGGCACAAUUGAUCGUGGAACGGACUAAAGCGGCGCUGUCUUCACAAGCCGUUCGGCUCGCGACGCCGGUCUCCUCGAGAGCAGGGAGCCUGUCUCCUGGGUUAUGGUUUUGUUCAAAGAGGGAGGCGAGAGCGCAAGGGAAGGAGCGAGAUACCACAGGGGCGAGAAGGGAAGGAUGCCGGACGAUGCUGGCGGAUUUUCACGGCGGAGGUCAGGUCGAUGCGCUUCUGAGUUGUCUUUUUCUGUCUAAAUGGUGCUUCCUGGCGGGGCUCCGACAGCAGAUAUGUACUGUUGCUUUCUUCUGUAAUGUUUGAUGUCGCACCUGGUGUGGAAUAUCGUGCGGGAGCCCAAACGAGGGAACAAGUCAGAUGAAGCAUCACACCGGAUGCGCAGCGGUCGGGAGAAACCGUUUGCGUGAGCCGUUUGCAUGCGCGGUGUAGGAACCUUGUAAAACGGUGCGGUGGAAUCUCGGCCCCGUUGUUCUUCUUCGUCCCUCCAACCUGUGCUACUUGCUUAUCUUCCGCUGAUUCUGUUACUCCUGGUCGACCAGGACGCUUCUGGUGCGCCAGCACUGCUCCACGCUGUGGGUGUCUGAAUAGCUUUUCGUUUCCAUGUGUAUGCCUGUGUGCGUGGCUGGUGGAGUGUUCUCACGGACUGGUUUCUGUCCAUGGGUUUUCGAUGUUUCUUUCCUGGUGAGAGAGGGGACCCGUAGUCAACGGGAAGCGUCUCCUUUUCUUUGCUGUCAUGCUUCCUGAGCUGGCGGAAAUUGUGGUCUUGUCUGCCUGUGUCCGCUUCGGAGCAAAAGGAAGACCAUGACGCACAUGUAACGGAUUUCUGUCGUUUCUCCGUGUGUGUGUAUGUGUUUCACUGUGUGUGCAUGCAUCUGCUCUGUCUUCAUAUGAAGGCGUUCCGAGUUGCAGCUUUCUGCAUUCGUUCCUGUUCGACUGACCUCUCACUCAGUCUUGUCAUCUGUGGUUGUUGUGCGCUCUGCCUCCUGGGGUUUGUUCGGACUGGUGACAUCUUG